AACAAUUUUGCAGACUCAUCCGGUGAACAACUGAAAUUCAAGAUGUCGAUUCUCGCUUACAACGGAGGCUGUGUGGUUGCGAUGAAGGGCAAAAACUGCGUCGCUAUCGCUACAGAUUUGCGAUUCGGUGUGCAAGCCCAAACAAUCGACACGGACUUUGAGAAAGUAUUCCAAAUCAAUCCUCACAUGUAUCUGGGGCUGGUUGGCUUGCAAACGGACAUCCUUACGGUGCACGAGAAGUUGAUGUUCCGCAAAAAUUUGUACGAAGUUCGGGAAAAUCGCGUCAUGGAGCCCAAAGUAUUUUCCGCAAUGUUGUCGAGUUUCCUGUAUGAACGCAGAUUCGGUCCGUACUUCGUGGAGCCCGUAAUUGCUGGAUUGACGCCGAAAACGUUCGAGCCGUACAUUUGCACGAUGGAUCUGAUUGGAUGCGACGAUACGCCGGAUGAUUUUUGCGUUGCGGGAACUUGUACAGAGCAACUUUUUGGCAUGUGUGAGACUUUGUGGAAGCCGGAUUUGUCGCCCGAUGACUUGUUCGAGACAAUUUCGCAAGCGAUGUUGAAUGCAUUUGAUCGAGAUGCGAUCUCAGGUUGGGGCGCCACAGUUUACAUCAUCGAAAAGGACAAAGUCACGAAGAAAAGUCUCAAGACACGACAAGAUUGAGCUGGUUUUGGUCCUUUUUUCAUUAUAAUUUGUAAUUUUUUUGAGAAAUAAAUCGUUUCUUUCAUACUUGA